GGCAGAUGAAGGUUGGCGUGAGGAGGUGGAUGAGGCUGCGCUGCUUUUCUACAGGCUCUAUUAUUAUGCAGUCAGUCAGAAAAGGUAACGGGCCGAUCAGAGACCGAGGCUUAUCAGCAGGGCUCCUUCUCUCCCCCCUGCUCCUUUCUCUCCUCCAGCUCUGCUCGGAGGGGACAGGUGAUCUGACCGUCUGUCGGCCUCCAGUGGCGGAUGUUCUCAGACAGGCUCCAUCAGCCCACCGCGGUGAGCCUGGACCUGGAAGGAUAAACGCAGCAUGGCGCUGGAAGCGGAGGGGAACAAGCUGCGGCUGGAAGACGUGCUCGCGCGACCUGGCAACGAAAUGUGCGCUGAUUGCGGUAAUCCAGAGCCAGACUGGGCGUCGCUGACUCUGGGUGUGUUCGUUUGCCAGGCCUGCUCACUCCUUCACCGGAGCAUCCCUCACAUCAGCCGGGUCAAGUCUGUGCAGGACACGUGGGAUGACAGCGAGGUGGAGUUAAUGGCUGCAGUGGGGAACAGUGCAGCCAAGGCCAAGUAUGAGCAGAAGGUUCCUCCUUUUUACUACAGACCAAUGCACACUGACUGCAAGCUGCUGAGGGAGCAAUGGAUUCGAGCCAAGUACGAACGAAACGAGUUUGAGUUUAUCGAGAAGCAGGAGCCUUACUCUGCAGGGUACCGAGAAGGGUUUCUAUGGAAACGAGGGAGAGACAACGGCCAGUUCCUCAGUAGAAAGUUUGUCCUGUCGGAGAGGGAGGGAGCACUCAAGUACUUCAACAAGCAGGAUGCCAGAGAUCCCAAGGCAGUGAUGAAAAUUGAAACACUCAACGCAACCUUUCAGCCAGCCAAGAUAGGGAAUCCCUGUGGCCUGCAGAUCACCUACCUGAAAGACAACAGCACAAGGAACAUCUUUGUCUACCACAGCGACGCCAAGGAGAUGGUGGACUGGUUCAACGCCAUCAGAGCGGCCCGCUUCCACUACCUACAGGUUGCCUUCCCUGGAGCCAGUGAUGAGGAGCUGGUGCCCAAACUGACCCGAAACUUUAUGAAAGAAGGCUUCAUGGAGAAAACCGGACCAAAGCACACAGAAGGCUUUAAGAAGAGGUGGUUUACCAUGGACGACCGGCGACUCAUGUAUUUCAAAGACCCUCUGGACGCCUACGCCAGAGGGGAGGUGUUCAUCGGCAGCAAGGAGAACAGCUACACCGUCCUGUCAGGUUUGCCCCCGUCCACGCAGGGCUACCACUGGAACCACGGCAUCACCAUCAUCACACCUGACAGGAAGUUCCUCUUUGCCUGUGAGACGGAGGCCGAGCAGCGUGACUGGAUCGCAGCCUUCCAGAGAGUCAUUAACCGACCAAUGAGGCCGCAGGAAUAUGCAGUGGAGGCCCAUUUUAAACACAAGCCUUGAGGCCUGCAGAGAGUCCAAAUACAUCUGGUCCAGCCCUGUCAGAGAGAUCAAAGGAAGCCCCUGGACCGCACAACAUGAGGGGAGGCAUCAGGGCUGAUUGGGGUUUGGAAUGAGCCAAGAUUAGAAAAGAAGCAGAGAAAGCAGAAACUUUGAAGGACUUUAGUCUUUGUAAAGACAAUCGUUGGAAUGAUCUUAGAGGGAAGAGUAGAAAUUAUGUCUUUCAAUGCUUUGUGCUCUCCAUUAAUCCAUCCCUCAGCCAUGUGGACCUCUCAUCUGCAUCCAGCUCCCCUUUCAUCCCUAGAAUGGUUCUUUCCUCCUGUGAUCCUAUGUAGUUAUGUAAGCUAGAGUCAUGUCACUGAUUGCUUAACUGAGACAAACACAUUUUUAAUUUAUUGAAUGUACAUUUUUCGACCACAGUGUCUUAACCGUGCGCGUGGAAUGGUCAUGUUUUCGUUCAGGACUCUGCGAGGUUAAAAAUGGCGCUGAAACCCUGGUAAACCUGAAUUCUACAAAGUGCUGUUAACAACAACAACCAUGCCUACAAACUAAACUUGCACACGAACGCUCAGUGAACACCACCGCUGUUAAUGAUGCUGGAGCAGGCGGACCUGCGUCCGACCAGGGUGCUUUUAAAAACCUCCGCUCGACAGCCUCGCCCUUAUUUAUUUAUACUGUCCAACAUACCAAGUCAUGAUGGGAUGUUCAUUUUUGCUGCUUUCAUGGAUUGUAAUGUGAAAGGGUGGAUAUUUGUGAAGCACUUCUACAACUGUUCAUUCUAUUCUUUGGAUUUUGUUUUAAAGGCACGCUGUUAUGUUGAUCCUCGCAUCGUUGUGGGAAAUAAAUUCUUAAGAUCCUAACGUGAAAACGGUGGAACCAGAGAUCAGAUGGCAG